AUUUAUUGAUUUUUCAUUCGCCGGAUGAUUAAAAAUAAUUUCCUUUGUUAUUUUUGUCUAUAUAUAUGUGUACAUAUAGAAUGAGCAUUUAUCAUGUCAUCUGAAGCACAAACACCGAUAAUGUACUCUUUCAAACCAUUUGCAUUUGAUCAACACAAAGUAACGAGGAAAGAAUUAUUGAGGAAAAAAACAGAUUCAAAAGUAUGCUGUGAUGAUAAAUAUCUUUAUAGUUAUGCAACGUACAACAUUGAUCCAGAUGAUAAAGGACCCGGUGACUGGUACGUCGAGUUAUGGAAAUUUAAUUUGUUAACACACAAAUGGAAACAAAUAAGAGAUACACGAAGUCAAAUUUUAGACAAUUCAUUUGAAAUUGGUACCGUGUUUGAAGAUGGCAAAAUAAUAAUAUGUUGUGAAGUUGAUACUCCUCCAACAUAUUUUUAUUUAUUACACUGGGAUUUAAAAAUAAAUGAACUUGAAGUAGAACGAAUAAAUCGUCCACUACCGGCAAUGGAUCAUGAUCAGAAAUUUGUAAGCGAUGGUACUUAUUUAUAUGGACUUGGUAGUCGUGGUAUCGUUAAAAAUAAAAAGAAAAAAGGAAAACCUGUUUAUUUAGACAGUUUUAAUGUUCAUAGAAUGAAAUUAAAAAGUGGUAAAUGGAAAAAUAUUUAUUUGUGCUCUGAUAGUGAUCCCAAUGAUUGGAAUACUGAUGAAUUUGGUCAUAUAUUUGCUUAUGAUGGAAAACAAAUUUAUGUACUUGAUAGUGAUGACUCAUCACGAGAACCAUUGAAACCUACUAGAAUUCUAUCAUUUGAUUUCGAGACCAAGCAAUGGGAUGAAAUGGAGGUUCAAAGAGACUUGGAAAGUAAACCGGGAAUCCCUUUUGUGCGUGGAGACUACAGUAUUAUUCAGUAUAAAGACGAAAAAGGUGACAUUAAUGUUAUCUUGACUGGCGGUGAAACUGAUAAAUUUUUAUGCAAUGACAUAUGGAGACUUAAUUUGACAACACUGCAAUGGACAUGUGUAAGUAAAUAUGCUGGAGUACUGCCAUAUCGGAUGAGAAAUCAUGUUGCAGCAAUAACACCUGCUGGAAAAAUGUUUUUGGUUGAUGGCUGGGUGGUAGAAAGAAGAGGCGAGGUUGAAAAUUCCUCGAUAUUUUCUACAUGGAUAACAAUUCCAAAGCUGACCGAAAUAGCUUGGGAAGCUAUUUUAUUUUAUAACAAAGAUUUAAAACAAAAGUCAAAGACUGAAUUAAUCGAUCGUGGUUUUCCAUCAAAGUUUGUUGACAGACUUAUCGAUUAAUAAAAUCAUAUCUUACUAUGAUAAAAAAAAAAAAAAUAAAGUAACAAAAUGUUCUUUACAUAUCUUAAAAUAUUACCAUUGAUACUUAUAAUUUAUUUCUAAAACGUCAUUUUCUCGACAAUAAAUAUUUAUUACGAUUUUUCUUAUAUAAAACAUAUCAAUU